CCUAUUUCCAUUCAAAAGCAACGUCACCCCCAAGCUAAAUAGGAAAAGAAAAGGUCAGAAAAAAUACAAAGUAUCGUCACUGAAAUCGAAAGGAAUCUUCUUGCAAACUUCGAUUGCAACUCGGUCUUCUACUCUUUCCCCACCUGUACAGACGCAUAUAUAGACAACAAUCAUAGGUGAAGUGAAUGAAAAUUACCUUGAUUAGAUCGUGUACAGAAUUGGAGAGCUAGGGUUUUUGUUUCCGCACUAAUUGGUUGGUUGGUUGGAAUUGCGAUGAUGAUGGCGAACGGGGCCGCGGAAAUACGGUAUCCGGAGGAGCCGUCGGCAGCCGGCGGCGAGGAUUGUGAAAACCCCGAGCAUCUGUCUAUCGAUCUCGAGGCGCUAUGGGGCAUGCUUGGGGAUAAGAAUUCCGACCCUCCGCAGAGUAUGCUCGGGGAUUCACCAGAUGAAAAGCCACAAGGAAACUCUUCCUCAACGCAUCCAUUUUCAGCAACUUCAUUUAAGCCAGAGGCUUUGGAUUGUAGGAUUGGAGUUUCAAAUGGUUCACCUAGCGAUUUGACAGGGAGACCUGUAAUAAUUGAUGCCCCAAAGUUUGACUCUUCAUUUCAAGUUGGCUCUGCAGUGCAUGUUUCAGAUGGGAGCCUGAGUGACUGGAAGCUUCCAGGCAAUGAAUCUUCUGGGGUGGAAUUGGAUAUGCCUUCAUAUGAUGAACCUCUCUCUGCCUCCAAUCCAGCUGAGACUUUUGAUUAUUUGGGUGGAAAUUGGGGGCAGUACCCUGACAUAUUGUCAGCAGAUAUUCCAUCAUCAUCAUCAUCUCUUUUACAACAGGAUUUUCAAUACAAGUCUGAUUUUAAGUUGUUGCCUUGUAAUGGUGAUAAGAUGCUUAAUUCAAAGGAAGAAGAACAGGAACCUCCAACUCGGUAUACUAGCACAGACAGCAUGAUAGGCAAUGAGGAUUUGACAGGAAGUACAGACGAAGUUUGGGAUGGUCCUACAAUUGCUAACUCUGAUAUCAAGGAUCUGAAUUUUAACUAUUGUGGUGUUGAUAAUAGUAAAUUCCUUACUGUGAUGAAGGCCUCUGAUCAGCAGCACGGUCAGUCAAGUAGGUUCUGUACAAAGUCAGCACAUAUAAAGGAUAGAAAGGAUGAACUGAUUAAUAGGAAACCAUUUGGUGCUGCUGAAACAGUCAUUGCUAAAGAACUUUCAAAUCCACAUUUCCCUCGUCAUUUGCCUUUCCAUUCAAGCAAAAUGGAUAUACUUUAUGGAAAGCAUCAAAAUAAAGAUAUGUUCCCCGAGUUUGUAAACCCUGGCUAUCAUUCUAAUGUGUUCAUUGAUGGUACUUCUGAAAUGCCCAUUCUUAUUAAUCAUGAUCAUGGUCCAGAUUUACUGGUUGGAGAGAAACAUCUUUCAUUGCCAACUUCUUCAGUUAAGAAUCAGUUAGGUUGUGCUAGAACAGAGAACACACAUAUUUCGGGGAAGACAUUUGACUCCCAUAUGGCAACAUUUACCCCCCAAGUAUUUCAAAUUAGUUCAUACGCUGAAAAACCUUAUGCUGAUACAGAUGACGACGACGAUGAUGAUGAUGUGUGCAUUCUUGAGGAUUUGAGUGCACCUGCACGGCCAAAUCCAUGUGUGUCUAAAGGAAAGUCCCUCGUUACUUUUCAGCAUGCUACAUUUAGUGAAACUUUUAAUCAUGCUGGAGUGGGACAGAUGAGGCUCAAGUUAAAUAAUGAGCAAUCUGUUUUCCAAGCUGCCCUGCAGGACCUUUCUCAGCCAAGAUCAGAAGAUACUCCUCCAGAUGAUGCUUUGGCUGUUCCUCUUUUGAGACAUCAGCGAAUUGCUUUAUCAUGGAUGGUUAAGAAGGAAACAAUGAAUCCACACUGUUCUGGUGGGAUUCUUGCAGAUGAUCAGGGACUUGGAAAGACAAUAUCGACUAUUUCACUUAUACUCAAAGAAAGGCCUUCAUCCGUCAGAGUCUCUACAGCCAUCUCAAAACAAACAGAGGCAGAGACAUUGAAUUUGGAUGAGGACACUGCUGUUGAUACACAAUUGCCAAGUAAAAGUGAUUCUUGUCAAGCCAAUGGAAGUCCCAUUACAGGUGCUAAAAAAGGUAGGGCAGCUGCUGGCACCCUUGUUGUAUGUCCAACGAGUGUCCUUCGUCAAUGGUCUGAUGAAUUGCAUAAUAAGGUAACAAGCAAAGCCAAUCUUUCUGUUCUUGUAUACCAUGGAAGCAACAGAACCAAGGAUCCUUUAGAGCUAGCCAAGUAUGAUGUUGUGGUUACAACAUAUGCAAUUGUAAGCAUGGAAGUUCCAAAGCAGCGUCUUGUUGAAGAUGAAGAUGACGAGACAGGAAAGCGAACUGAGGGUUCUAUGGAACUUUCAUAUAGUAAAAAGAGGAAAAAUCCUCCGAGCUCAGGAAAGAAAUCAUCAAAGCUCAAAAAGGGAAUGGACAGUGAAUUGCUUGAUACUUAUACUCGUCCCCUUGCUCGAGUUGCAUGGUUUAGGGUUGUAUUAGAUGAGGCUCAAUACAUCAAGAAUCACAAAACUCAAGUAGCUCGGGCUUGUUGGGGUCUGCGUGCGAAACGCCGGUGGUGCUUGUCGGGUACACCUAUCCAAAAUGCAAUUGAUGAUCUGUAUAGCUACUUCAGAUUUCUCAGAUUUGAUCCAUAUUCUUCACAUAAAGUAUUUUGUGCGUCACUCAAAGUCCCAAUUCAAAAAAAUUCAUCAAGUGGGUAUAAAAAGCUGCAAGCUGUGCUUAAGACCGUAAUGCUUCGUCGCACUAAAGGUACACAUAUUGAUGGAGAACCAAUCAUUGCCCUUCCACCUAAAAGAAUAGAAUUAAAAAAAGUGGAAUUUACAGACGAGGAACGAAAUUUCUACUGCAAACUUGAGGCUGAUUCACGUGCACAAUUUGCAAAAUAUGCUGCUGCUGGAACUGUCAAACAGAAUUAUGUCAACAUAUUACUGAUGCUUUUGCGACUUCGUCAAGCUUGUGAUCAUCCUCUUCUGGUUGGGGGAUCCAAUUCAAGUUCGGUCUGGAGAUCCUCUACUGAUAUGGCCAAGAAACUGCCCCAGGAGAAACAAAUUGAACUCUUGAAUUGUUUGGAGGCUUCAUUAGCAAUUUGUGGCGUAUGCAAUGAUCCUCCAGAAGAUGCUGUCGUUUCAAUCUGUGGCCAUGUCUUUUGCAAUCAGUGCAUUUGUGAACAGCUAACUGGCGAUGAUACCCACUGUCCUGCUCAAAAUUGCAAAAUGCGGCUCAGUGUUUCUUCAGUAUUCUCUAAAUCAAUUCUAGUUGGUUCUUUAUCUGAUCAGCCCAAUGCAGUAACUGAUCUUGAUUGCCCUGGUUCUAGACCAUGCAAAACAUCUGACUUUUCGUCUAUGGGAUGUUCAUCAUAUGAUUCAUCAAAAAUCAAGGCCGCACUUGAGGUGCUUCUGUCUCUGUCUAAACCACAGGAGUCCACUCCUAGAAUUGUCUCAAGAUGUGAUCAAGGACAAAUGUCUUGUUCAGGGGAUUCACAGGUUAAAAUGAAUUUGGACACGAAUGGAUAUUCUAAAUGUUCAACUAAAAUAGCUGGAGAGAAAGCACUUGUCUUUUCCCAAUGGACAGGGAUGUUGGAUUUGCUUGAAGCUUGUCUAAAAACUUCCUCUAUUCAGUACAGGAGACUAGAUGGAACUAUGUCUAUUGUAGCCAGAGACAAAGCUGUGAAAGAUUUCAACACAAUUCCAGAGGUGACUGUCAUGAUUAUGUCUCUAAAAGCUGCAAGCCUGGGACUGAACUUGGUUUCAGCUUGUCAUGUACUCCUCCUGGACCUGUGGUGGAACCCGACAACUGAGGAUCAAGCAAUUGACAGAGCACAUCGCAUUGGGCAGACUCGUCCUGUUACAGUUUUGCGGUUGACUGUAAAAGAUACAGUUGAAGAUCGUAUUUUGGCUCUUCAGCAAAAAAAGAGAGAAAUGGUUGCAUCAGCAUUCGGAGAGGAUGAGAAUGGUGCUCGACAGACUCGUCUAACAACAGAGGACUUGGAAUACCUGUUCAGGAUAUAAAUCUCGAUUUUUUUUGCAGUAUAGGUGAUAUUUUAGUACACCAUGGGCAUCUCAUUUCAUUCUUUACCAUGUAGCAGACCAGAUAUGGUUCAGAUUCCGAGAUUCACACGUUGCAUCUUCAAAGUUCUAACAAUUCAUUGCUCCUUGUAUAGAAGUUGGUUUUAGCAUUAUAUAUCAAACAGCAACUGCAGUUUUGUUGGGCAUAUUGUAGAUCCAAUGAAUAGAGAUGUUAGAUGAUAUAGGUCAUUAGGUGCACUAUUUCCCAUAGUUUAAGCCUUCUCAGCAUAGCGCGAUUGUUGAUGUGUUAUUUCUUAUAGCGACAUGUAACUAUGAAUAUAAAAAGAAUACCACAAGAUGUUUCAGCUCUGAUCUUUA